UCAUUACAGCUGUCAAGCAGGGGAAAUGUUAACUUCAGAACGUCAAAUGGGCAAGAAAUACAGCAUACAGCACAGGCAUGUAAAAAAGUGCCAUGGCUGUUUUGAACGAAUUCAGUGGAACUAACAACAUAAGUAAAAAAACACCGAAUGGAAGUGUUUUUUUGUGCACAGAUGAGGAUACAUUUAGUAAAACCAUGGCGGAGUGUAAAGAGAGCAACUCUAUGGAUUUACCUGAAGAAAUUCUAAAUAUUGAAAGUGUCAUCGCUCUAACUAGGGCCACUAUAGAAGCCCUAAACGCCAAAUUUGCUGAUUAUAAGCAUCCUCCCGCAGUAUAUUUGAAAGAAUACCAUGAAUUAACAAAUAAGCUGCAGAAUUUUAAACAAAAGAAACGUACAUUAACCGAUGCACUCAAGUAUCAAUUAUCCAAAGACAAAAAAGAAACACACAAGUCUGGUCAACACAACGGCAAAACAGACUUACAUAGCUCAAGUUUAAAUCUUCAUUACUCCGGCCAAAUGCAUAGUAUUUCUAAUAUAUCUGAAAGAGAAGGACAUUAUACGACGACUACGCCCCCUCCUCCACCACUACCCCCGCCACAUCAACAACAUUCUCAAUCACAAUUAUCUCCGGUGACCCCCUCUCAUGGAAUUCCUAGGUUUUUGAGAGCAUUUUUGCCUAAUCAACAAAGAACUUUUGUGCAAAUUAGAGAAGGCCUAACGUUGCAAGAAGCAUUAGAAAAACCGAUGAAUCGACGAAAUCUGAAUUUUGAUAUGUGCCGUGCUUAUCUAGGAGAAGCAAACUCCAAUCAGUUAGUAAGCUGGCAGGCAGACAUUAGUAGUCUGGACAAUGACUUAAUUACAAUUAAAAUAAUAGAUAAAAUUCCAAUUCCUACUAGUAUCUCACACAAUUAUGUAAGAAAGACAUUUUUUUCGAUCGAAUUUUGUGAAGUGUGUAGAAAGUUAGUGUUUUCCGGGUUUCACUGUAGGACGUGUGGAUACAAGUUUCAUCAGAAAUGUGCUACUGGCGUUCCGCCAAUCUGUCAUUUGGCCAGAAAUUCAGAAGCGUUCUAUCGAUACCUUUUGUCACGACCGAUGGAAUCAAGCGCCGGAAUUCUUCAAGUGGGUUCAGCUCAUAAGAUCACUAAACAGCAACCUGAACGUCAACCAGGCAGUCUUGGGCAACAGGAUAGAUCCAGUUCGGCACCUAAUGUUUGCCUGAAUAGUGUUAAAGUUCCUGAUAGAGGUCUAGAAAGGGUUAGGCCUUUUCCAAGUUUAAUGCAACCCUAUGGCGAUGAUGCACCACACUGUAGAAGUACACAGGCGUCACCUACUGGAACACACCACCCGAAAAGACCGAGAGCAAGAUCUGCAGAUGAAAGCAAACCGCUUUUAGCAGCUCGUGAAAGUAUUGAAGAUUGGGAGAUACCAGCCGAUGAAAUUCUUGUAGGUGCAAGAGUAGGAUCCGGUUCAUUCGGAACUGUUUAUAAGGCACAUUGGCAUGGUCCAGUGGCAGUUAAAACACUUAACGUUAAAAUACCAACAGUCGCACAGUUGCAGGCUUUCAAGAACGAGGUAGCCGUUUUACGGAAAACUCGUCAUGUCAAUAUUCUCCUUUUCAUGGGUUGUGUUAGUAAGCCGCAAUUGGCAAUAGUAACGCAGUGGUGUGACGGUAGUAGUUUAUAUAAACAUUUACAUGUGGCGGAAACCAAGUUUCUGUUGUUGACCGUUAUUGAAAUUCAAAGACAAAUUGCACAAGGAAUGGAAUACUUACAUGCCAAGAAUAUUAUACAUCGAGACUUGAAGUCAAAUAACAUAUUUCUGCACGACGACUUGACUGUGAAAAUAGGUGAUUUUGGUCUAGCAACUGCAAAAACUCGAUGGUCUGGAUCUCAUCAAUCUCAGCAGCCUACGGGGUCUAUUCUGUGGAUGGCUCCAGAAGUGAUUCGUAUGCAAGAAGAAAGUCCUUACAGUUUUCAAAGUGAUGUAUACGCAUAUGGAAUUGUAAUGUUUGAAUUGCUGUCCGGACAGCUUCCCUAUGCCAAUAUUAACAAUAAAGACCAAAUACUUUUUACUGUGGGAAGAGGGUAUCUGAGACCCGACCUGACUUUACUAAAGCAAGAUACUCCAAAUGCUUUGCGGCGGUUGCUUGAACAGUGCAUAAAGUAUGAUAGAAAUGAUAGGCCCCUCUUUAGACAAAUUUGUUCAUCAUUGGAAAAUUUGUUACGAAAUCAACCAAAAAUAAGCAGGUCUGCUUCAGAACCUAAUAUGAAUCGGACCACUUUAUCUGAUGACUUUAGUUAUACUUGUCAAAGCCCUAAUACACCUUCCAGAUACAGCAAACAUUUUAUGUUCUAUGGAGCUACUGGGAAUAUAUAAGCAAUUCCCAUGAUUGAGGAUUGGGUAUGUGUUAUUUUGAAUGCAAGUAGAUUUCAUUUUUUGUUUCAUUGAUAUCACAAAUUGUAUACUUUCAUGUAUGUAAUAUUAUUCUACAUUUGUAUUUAAAUAGUCACUCAUUGUUAUAAAGCAAAUUACACCUGUCUAAAGUGUUUAUUUAUAUUUUGUGUAAUUAAUGUUGUGCAUAUCAUUAUUUAAUGAUUUGAAAAAGCUAGUCAAGUAUAACGAAUAAGAUACUACUUCCACAAAAAGUCAGAGUAUAGAUUUCGGUUGAACCAGUAUUUUGGAUUUGCACUUCCUUAAUAAAGAUUAUACGUUUUUUGUAUGUAAGAUAUAUUUAAAUUAUUUGGACUAAUUAGAUGGACAACCUACGAAAGUGAAAUGGAUAUACAUAAAAGUUAUACUAAUUUCCUAAAUAAACAUAUAUGAUUUUGA